AGGGAGUCCUUUGAGUCCCUCUUAUACAACCGCGUUCUAAUCGGCCAGGUGAUCAAGUCGUUGUUCGCUUGUGGUGGAAUUCUCUCCUGUGCUCACAGAUGCUUGUCUCUUCCGUCAUGUUCAUCAUACAGCUACCAAAUGUCAGGGUCCGACUAUGGCAUUUGUGAGUUAAACGAGGGAAAAGAGGGCGAUCAGGAAAACUUGGUGGAAAAACCUGGUUAUGUUUUCGCACGGCGGAGAAAGGUAACUUAGCUGUGUUUUCCAUCUCUGUUUAUCCUUCUUUAAAUAACUUCAGAAUCUCAGCAUUUUCAAAAGUUAGGUACCUAAACGAAAGAAGAGAAAAGUAGAAUGAAUGGGAGAGAGAAAGAGUGGAGCGCUCCUAAAACAACCUUUCAAUGUUUGAAAGGCUCGAUGGAGCUUGGACUUGUUAGAGCUCGUAGAAGUUUAGCCCUUCUGCGUUCUGAGUUUUUUUUUUUUAUUUUGGUAGGCACCACGCAGCUGCAAAGAGGCAAGACAGCUGACCAUUAACCCUGUAUCAGGCUUUUUCUGUAUCCAAGACAACAACGGUGAUAUGUUUAAAGUCUACUGCGACUUCACCUCAGAGCCCGGUUGGGCCUGGACACUAGUUAUGUCAGAAAGCUCGCAGAACGUUGGCAAACCUUUUACCCGACAGGCUUUGUUUGCAAAUGAGCCAAUGAGCCCAGAGGUUCCCAACUGGGAGGCGUACAGGCUUCAAUUAGAUCGCAUGAAAGGAUUGAGAUCUAAGUCAACAUACUGGCGAAUAACGUGCAGCUUCGAUCCUGCGAGGGUUGUCGACUAUAGAGAUUACGUUCGAGCAAAGUUUAAAAACUUCGACUUGUUGACUUAUAGGGGUGAUGAAACUUGUGAACUCGUCGAUUACAUCAAUGUCCAUGGACAUAGCUGUGAAAAGUGCACCGCGGUUUGGUAUCAAUCCGAUGGGUACAUUUUAGUCCACCGAAGCUAUCAAAAUAAUUGCGAAUUUGGUAGAGCACCAGGGUCCAUUCAAGAUAAUGACGGGUAUAGCGAGCAAAAUUUUGGUCGGUAUGAAGUGUACAAUCCUAACUUCCGGUGUACAUCAAGUAGCUCUGCCACAACCAAUUAUUGGUUUGGUUUAAGAGUUUGA